GAGCAGGGGAGUCGGGGAAGAGCACCAUCGUCAAGCAGAUGAAGAUUAUCCACCAGGAUGGUUACUCGCUGGAGGAAUGCCUGGAGUUCAUCGCCAUCAUCUACAGCAACACGCUCCAGUCCAUGCUGGCCAUCGUGCGGGCCAUGACCACGCUCAGCAUCCAGUACGGGGACUCGGCUCGCCAGGAUGAUGCCCGCAAGCUGCUGCACCUCUCGGACACCAUCGAGGAGGGCACCAUGCCCAAGGAGAUGUCAGACAUCAUCGGGCGGCUGUGGGGGUCUGGGGGUGCUGACCCCUGUCUCAUGCCCAUCGUGUGCCCGGCCAGCUACCUGUCAGACCUGGAGCGCCUGGUGACUCCCGGCUACGUCCCCACGGAGCAGGACGUGCUGCGCUCCCGUGUCAAGACCACCGGCAUCAUUGAGACCCAGUUCUCCUUCAAAGACCUCAACUUCAGGAUGUUCGACGUGGGCGGCCAGCGCUCUGAGAGGAAGAAGUGGAUCCACUGCUUCGAGGGGGUGACCUGCAUCAUCUUCAUCGCAGCCCUCAGCGCCUAUGACAUGGUCCUGGUGGAGGACGACGAAGUGAACCGCAUGCACGAGAGCCUGCACCUCUUCAACAGCAUCUGCAACCACCGCUACUUCGCCACCACGUCCAUCGUCCUCUUCCUCAACAAGAAGGACGUCUUCCUGGAGAAGAUCAAGAAGGCCCAUCUCAGCAUCUGCUUCCCCGACUAUGACGGUCCCAACACCUACGAUGACGCGGGCAACUACAUCAAGCUGCAGUUCCUGGAGCUGAACAUGCGGCGGGAUGUGAAGGAGAUCUACUCCCACAUGACCUGCGCCACUGAUACCGAGAACGUCAAGUUCGUCUUCGACGCCGUCACCGACAUCAUCAUCAAGGAGAACCUCAAGGACUGUGGGCUCUUCUGA